CUGCCUCAUGGAGCUGGACUUCGAGGCAAGAUGGAAGCACCGCUACUCCCUCCCUCCGUCGACCACGGUGGCGCAGCUGAAGCAGAGGAUCUUGCAGGACUUCGGGAUCGCGCCGGAGCGGAUCACCCUCAAGCUGAUGCCCUACCAGACGACGAUGCGGCACGGCCACCGGACGCUGGCUUCUUACCGGAUCCCGGCCGGGGGAGAGAUGACGUGGCUGACGGUGGACAUCGCGAAGAUCAACGUCAUGGCGCGGUUCACCGACUACGACAAUCUGGGGUAUCCCAUCCCUUGCUACGAGUUCGACUCCGUGGCCGAUUUGAGGAGGCUCGUCGUCGAGCAGCUGCGUGGGACCGGGGUGGACGACAUUGGAGCCGAGGAUAUGGAGCUGUUUUGCGGCGGCGUCAAGUGCGGCGAUCCUGGAGCGCGGCUUUCUCAGUACGGCGUCGGGGAUCUGGUCACUUGGGUGGGCGUCAAGACCACCAAGCCCAUUGCAGCUCUGCGACGUCGUAUCACUAGUGCUCUUUGAUUUACUACGAUCAGUGUGUUUGUUUGGAUGCAGUACUAUUUAGAACAUCAUCGUAUUCGUGUUUGUUUGACAUGAUAUUCGUGUUUAAUACG